UUGUGGGAGUCUGUUUGUUUCUAACAGCCAUAUUAACAGUUGUGUAAGCCUAUUAGCAGCAGCAGCAGCAGCAGCAGCAGCAGCGUGGGUCAGGGGAGGAGAUUGAGGUUAGUCUAAGCUCUAAUCCCUGUCACCGUAUGCUUAUUUCCAAACAAGUGCAGCCAGACUCUGGCUCCACUCAGGCACAGCUUCUGACGCCAUCACACACUCUUCAUCACAAACUCUUCUUCUGUCAGUCUUAGGUGGAACACCAGCAGAGCUGCACCAGGAGCGUUAGAAGAAGGAGGGGGGAUGAGGAGCAGGAAGUGGUUUCAGAUCUUGGGUUUUCCAGUUAUCAUGGUGAACGCACGCCAUGCUAUUUCCAGAUUCCCGUUGCCAUGGUGACCCGCUCCUGUUCUGUGUCACCUUCUGACAGGAACUCACUGAUGGGACUGUGAAUUACCUGCAAAUUCAGGACAGAAAGGCACGAGGGCACGACACUGCAGGAAUGUUGUGGGAAUAAUACCGGAUUGUUGGAAACCAAUAGAAUGCCAGUACAUCAGAUAUCUGUGGCACCGGUCAAUGAGGUGGACACCGAAGCCAAGACCGCCCCUCGCUCCUCGGACCAGAGAGAGGGAAAGAAAACUUCUGGGUGCACAGGGCGUCGCUCCAGCAACCGUUCUAAGAUCAGCAACAAGAUAACUGAACUCCUCACAACCUCAAGGACAUCCAUCAGUCCUCCUCCUCAGGAGAUAUGCAGCUCUGACCACACGGUGCUGUUGGACGAGGAUGCCUCCAAAUCCCAAAAACACAGUAAACAAACACGCUCGUCUGUGAUGACAGUCACCAACAAAUCCCUGAGCUCUUCGUCCCAGACCCAGAAGAAGUUGGUGAAGAGACGGAGAAGACAGGAGAAAACGGACCGCAGUGAGAGGAAGGGAACCAGGGAACGCUCCUUUAAAAUUCAAAGGGAGCUCCCACCUCGACUACGCCGUGCAGCUGCUGCACUGUCUGAAUCGUCCUCUGAAAACGAGGGGUGGUGCGAGCCCCGCAGCUGGAGCAAAGAGAAAGCUCGCAGAGCGCAUUGGCGCAACGGGAAGAACGAGGCGUACAGGAGUAAAGAUGAAAACAAAACAGACGUCAUGGAGCUGCAGUCACUGGGAUCAGUGGACGAGACAGAGAACCAUCCUGUGGAGGACGACCAGGGGUCACUGAACAAAGAUGAGCAGACGGAAAAGAACGAAGUCUCACAGAAGGGAGACGAGAAGUCACAGUGUUCCUCACAGACGGAGGAGGCUGAGGAGCCCAUCACCAAGACGUACCAGGAGAACAGAACAGAAGAUGGAGACCUGUCAGUGCCCACUCCACAGACGCACUGUGGUGUCAAUGGAGGUGCACCACAGUUCUGCUCUUAUGACUCUGAGCUGGAGGUCUGCAGGAUCUGCCACUGUGAGGGUGAUGACGACUGCCCCCUGAUCACGCCCUGUCACUGCACCGGGAGCCUUAGUUUCGUCCACCAGGCUUGUCUCAACCAGUGGAUCAAAUCCUCCGACACUCGCUGCUGUGAACUCUGCAAGUUUGACUUCAUCAUGGAGACGAAGCUCAAACCUCUUCGCAAGUGGGAGAAACUUCACAUGACCAGGAGUGAGAGGAGAAAGAUCUACUGUUCAGUGUUGUUUCACCUGAUAGCCAUAGCAUGUAUGUUGUGGUCAGUCUACAUUCUGGUCAAAAGAACCACUGAAGAGAUCAGACUUGGGAGAAACGAGGAGUUAUGGAGACUUUCUCUACUCAAGUACUAUUCACAAGAAGUUGUGUUGGAGUGGCCAUUCUGGACCAAGCUGAUCAUGGUGUCCCUGGGCCUGACUGGAGGCGUGGUCUUCAUGUAUAUUCAGUGCAAGGUGUACCUGCAGCUGUGGCGCCGCCUAAAGGCCUUUAACCGCAUCAUCACUGUGAAAAACUGCCCAGACAAAAAUCUGCAUCACUCUCAGACCCGGUCUGAAGCCUUUCCCAGUCACAGGAAAGGAACGACGGCGAUGCCAGUCAGCCCAACACCUGUCCCAGCUCCACAGACGCUGGUGGACUCAGACACCUCAGUGGAAGCUGCAGUUGCACCAGCACAGAACCCCGUCUGACAGAUUCCACCAUCACUCAGAGCACUUCACACACACGAGGUGGUGUGACAGACUUCGUGCUAGUUAUCAAUAACCCGAUCUUCAUCCUCAACAGUCUUGGCAAAGGCUUGGAGAGUGGUGGCUUGGAGGUUAAAGAUGCAGUUUUGGAGCCAGAAGGUUUCAGGUUCCAAUCCACAAGCUGCCAAAAAAAUGGAAAAAACAAAUUCUCUGCUGUCUUUUAUUUACCUGAUAGUUGGUGAAGUAAGACUAGGGACAUAUGGCUAUGAAUGUAGCCCUUCAAUCUUAUCUUAAUGAAAUUGUAAACA